AGAUCCAGGCGGUCGCGCGGAUGAGUUUGUUCAGUUGCUAAUUUUUCAGUUUCGGGGCCGGUUCUUUCGCAGCUCCACGUUUUCUGGUAACAUUUUUGCCCAUAUUUUGUGGCCUUUUCCUCGGGUGUCGGUUCUUCGGUUAACCAAGGAAAUUCUUUCCCAUUCUCUCGGUUCUUUUUCGGUGCAGUUUGUUUUUGUACAAUUUUUUGGUUAAGCACACUGCGACAGGAAUGGCGUACACUAAUAGUCCCAGCUAUGUAUCGGGAACCGGGCCGACCUUCAGUACUAUCAGCGACUUGAUAAAAGCUGCUACGGCUAGUGAGGAUGCGCCUCUGCGACGUCCUCCUACCGAGGGAUUACGCAGCGACCUGCUGAACGGACGCAGUGGCAGUCAGAACAGCAGCCUCCUGACUGAUCACAUGGAGCCGGAUGCCAUGAAACAGCAUGACCGCUCGCUGAACUCCUCGCGCCAGGAAGCCCGCUCCCGUCCACGCCUGCGCGCGGCCAACGAGAAGAUCCUGGAGAUAAAGAAUCGCAUCUUCGUCGGUGGCCUGAACAAAUCGAUUAAUGAGGAUGAUCUGCGCGAACUGUUUGGAUCAUUUGGUGAGAUGCUGGAGGUGCAGAUCAAGUUGCGCGGCGAUGAAAAUGCUCGCGGGUAUGGCUUUGUGACGUUCAAGACACCGUCGGACACGGACAAAGCGCUGCGAGCUGGUGCUGGGGAAUCACUGAGUAUUAAAGGUCAUAAGCUGGUAGUGCAGCCAGCCUAUCGUCGCGUGGAGAAUCAUGCAAGAGGUCUGAAUUCACUAUCGCUGAACGGCAAUCAGAGUCCGGCUGGUCUGCUCGGUUCAUCCAUGAUGAUGUGUCCUACCAUUGGCUCAUUCCCGUCCUAUCCGUUCGGUUUUCCCGGUAGCACCCUUCCCGGCACCUAUCCGUUCUAUCCUUCACCUUACUAUCCAGUAAGACAUCUUUUGAGCUGCGGAUCCCAUGUCGCGCUGGCCGUUGACUUAUCCCAUGCCGAAUUAUCCGUGGGGAAUGCCGAUGGGAAAUUCCGUAUCGAUGCCCUGUCCGACUCCGCAUGGAAUCCGAUGCCACCGUAUUUGCCGGCUGAUCGUCAGAUCCCGACGCGUCCAAGCUCAUCUGACCCAUCGGAAAACGAUCAGUUCUCACCAGCUCCUGCCGGAAGCCCAAAUUUUGCUUAUCCACCGGCACCUAUUAUCCAAGUGGACAGUUUGAGCGACGAUCCGAGCCUGUUUCAUUUAAGCCGACCGCGUGGCGGCAGUGGACUGAAGGGAGACUUUCAUGAUGCCGAUAAUUUGGGCCGUAUCCUGGGUGCUCCCAAGUACCACAUUUCGCCGGAUGCCCGCGCCCGCAAAUAAUGGCUGAAAUAUGGACGGAUGAGUUGAUAAUUUUGUGUAAUUUUUUCGUCAACAGCGUUUUGCCAAAUGUGUACAGUUGUACGGGUCGUCUGUGUUUAUGCUUGCAUUUCAGUUUUUGUUUUUUCUCUGCGCGCGCGGCGGUUGCAAAAGGUUUUAUAAUUUUCCUCUUUUGAACCGGCUGGUUUCGUGGUUUCUAAGCUGUGUUUUUUGUACAGUUUUAGUGUGGUGAAAGAGUCGAAAUGUUUUUAUUUUUUCAGUUUGAUACGUGGAUGUGUGUAUGGGUUUCCUUUGGUUUUUAUCAUGUUUGAAACUUCAGUUGGCUUGGUUGGGUAAGCCCUUUCAAAGAUUUUACGUGUGUUAAUUUUGUGAGAAGCAUUUUGUGCUCAGUCACAGACUCACAGGUGAUGGUUUGAGGAGCUGCGUUUUGAUAAAGAGUAUUAAAAACAUUUGAGUUGGA